CUGAUAUCUUUCAUCAUGAUGUUAAAAGCGCGAAUAUAUUGAUAGACAAAGAUUUAAAUGUGAAGCUUAGCAAUUUUGAUUUGGCACGCUUCUCUGACGAAUUAACAACAUCAUUAUCGGGGCAAAUGAAGAGUAUUAGAUGGACUGCACCCGAAAAAUUAAAUGCAACUUAUGUUGCUUAUUCCAGAGAAAUGGAUGUAUAUAGUUUUGCAAUAGUAAUGUGGGAAAUUGCAGCAAGAAAAGAGCCAUUUUAUCAAAUUUCCGAUAAUAUUGAAGUUUCCGAGAAGAUUAAAAAAGGUGACCGUCCAUCACCAAACCCGAACGAUAUUAUGCCAGAAUACCAAAGGAUAAUGGAAUUGGGUUGGGCUCAAUCGUUCCGUUUUCGCCCUACGAUGCAACAGAUAAUUCAUGAAUUGCAUAUGCUUUAUAAACCCGUUAAAACCAAAUAUGAAAAAAUAAAGCAAAUCAAGUCUGAAAAAUCAUAUACUCUGCCACCGUGGAAAGAUGUCACUACGGCUAUUAAUAAGAAGAACUACGAAGAGGCGAUAGAAGGAUUAGAGCUAUACGUUAAAAGUGAUACUAAAGAAGCAUAUUUAGCCAGAUAUUAUGCUGGCAAACUGCUAUACGAAGGUCAUGAUAGUGUGCCCCCAGAUGAAUUCCAGGCUAUGGUUUACUUACGUGAAGCAGCAGACCAUUUACCAGCGAGUAAUUUUACUCCCCUGGCUCAAUAUUUAUAUGCACAUAUAUGUCUAAAUGGUACACAUUAUGAUCAGGACAAUGGUAUUAGGUAUUUGAGAAUGGCCGUACGAGCAUCCGAGAAGAACGCUUUAUUUUUGUAUGGUAAUAUUCUGUUUAACGGUGAACAUGGAGAGCAGAUUAAUA